GCCUUGUAUGGGGCAGGCGCAACUGUUGUGAUGGCCUGUCGUUCAGGAACAAAAAGCGAGCAAGCGAAGGAAGAAAUUUUGAAGGUCCAUGACGCUUCGGGUCAAACUCUUCACCUCCUUGACGUCGACCUUGGUAAUAGCACCUCAGUUGAGAAAUGUGCUGAAACUUUCAACAGCUUGAACUUGCCGUUGGAUUGUUUGAUUUGCAAUGCAGGAAUCAAUGGAGUGCCCAGUUGGGGACUUUACACCCCCGGUGUUGAGACGCAAUUUGCUGUAAAUUUCUUGGGGCACUACCGGCUUGCGACACUGCUGGAUGGCAAACUUCGCAGUACAGCAAACUCACGUUUGGUCAUUGUUUCUUCAGAGUCACACCGUCGAGUUGUUGAGGACAAUUUUGAAAUAGACAGGGAACUGCCGCCACACGAAGAAAAUUACAACGAUUUGCACGCCUAUGCCUUUAGCAAUCUUUGCCGCAUUCUAUGGGCACGUGCACUGGCCAAACGUGUGCCCUAUCCAGUUGUAAGUCUUCACCCAGGUGUGUGCGGAGGCACUGGCAUGUUGCAGCACAUGGGCUGGCGCGCAAUACUCCGGCAAAUCUGGCUGGUUCUCCAGUGGGAGAGGAAGAGUUUCUUUGCUCUACAGAGCAUUCCCCAGGUAGCUGCAACACAAACUUGGGCAGCUGUGGAACCUGUGAGUAGCCUGGCAAAAAUGACAGGAUCAUACCUCAAUGGCAAUGCUGGCUACACGCUUGGAGCCCCUGACACACCCUCUGCACUGGCACAAAACGAUGAACUUGCUGAGAAGGACGAGUCGGCUCAAACAGUGUCCCGGCUUAGGUUCAAGGACGCUGCCGCAGCACCAAAACACCAUGGCAGCGAGGGACGGAUCGGGGCGCGGCCGGCAGCCCAGAGCCCAGGGGCUACGAUCAGAGCCACCGAGGUCAAGGUGGAUAUGGAGGUCGAGGGUGGACUCCAGCCGCGGGUCAGGGAUCAAUCCGCCAUGGACAAGCGAGACGAUCGCAUCGUGUCACCGUUCCAAUCAUUGUGGCCGGUCUCCGAGAUCAUGAGCAAUGCGGCCAGUUCGAUCAACGUCAUGACCGAGUGUGAUCAGGUCAUGCCAUUCAAUUCUGGAUUCCAUGUGGCUCUCUUUGACAACUACACCUUGGAUGGCAUCAAGGUGGUGCUUGCAGUCUCGAUCGAGAGCAACACUGGUAAUCCUUGUGCUGGGUGGAAUGAGGGCACAGCUCGUGCACUUUCACAUCCGGCGUCUAACGGCAACGAGAUUCUGUUCCACUGGAUUCUCAGGGGCUAUCGCUCCGACACAGAUUUGACUGUGCAGCAGCAGUUCGUGGACGAGCUCCUUGUCCAGGAGGCCAGCCAGGGCAAGACACAGCUCUCCGUGGUGAUCGCUGUCUUCAUUGGAUGGAGGGUCUCCAUCUUGAACUUUGAGUGUGGAGGUCGCACUUACUCGGUGGGUCCUGGCUGUGCUGUCGUUGCCGGGGACUCAGCUCGCUCGAGAUUUGAGCUCCGAGUGUGCAACACAUCAUUGGCAACGAUGCAGAUCGCCUCGAGUUCUGCUAUCGGGACCAUCACAUCGGUCCGUGAGAACAGAGCCAGGGCGGAAGCCAGUUGGGCAGUUUGGUCGGAGGACUUGGAUCAGGGCAACUUGGAGCGGGAGGCGGAGAUCGUUCCUAGUGUUGCCCUUGCAGAGAUGCAGCACUCCAAAUCGACACCGGCUCCAUCUGGGCCACCAGCUCUGACAGCUGAUGCAUGGCUCUCUGGCCAAGUUGAGAUGACUGGCGCUCCGAGCAGCACUCAUGGUGAGGGCCCCGUGAACAAGCAGAUGGGGCGCUCGAGCUCAACGAGCGGUCGCUCCGAGUUCGCCACACCAAUCAGGGCGAAGGGGGGGCCAUUGCAUGCGACCAAUGAGGACCGUGAUCGUGAUGGAUCGAAGGUUUGCAAGAUCCACAUCGAAUCGUUGCUCACGCCCCAGAUCUUUGCAGAGACGAUGGCCAAUCGAGUGUACAACACUUCAACGGCCACGAUCGAGGAGGUGGAGCCGGAGCCGGAGCCCAGGGUCACGGCAGCUCCAUCCAUCGAAGGUGCCCGAGAGCACACCAGCGAGAUCCUCAGAUCCGCGCACCGUGUGAUCAAUGCCGCGCUGAUGCGGUUAGACAUGGUCAACCUGCUGGCAGACAUGGUGUCUCGUUCAGCCAAGCGGGUACAAGAAGAGAUAGUCGGGAAGAAACGGGGGGGUGCUGGCUCUGCGGAAGUCAUCCCAUCCAUCCAGGACUCCGACAACUUGGAGAGGAGGAGAUGGGGCCUGCAGCUCAAACAGAUCUGUGAGCCUGCCGGGGCCUGGAUAGGCUGUGUUCCAUUGGCGCCCCAGCUGGUGUCGGCACCGGCGCUGGAAGCUCUGGUUCCAAGGUCGAGCGGAAGAGGCGGGGUACAGAAUUGCUACCUCUCCGGAAUUGAGUGGUUGAAGAUUGGUUUGGACCUUUUGCGAGAUUACUUCAUAUGGGAGCUCAAAAACGAGAAAGAGUUCACGAGUCGCCCAUCACCUAUAAGUUUGUCUUGGCUGAAGAGCUUUUUCCUGCCAGGGCUCAUGGAAGCGCAGUCACUGAACCAAUCAAUGAGCUGGAUGGCGGAGAAGACAGUGCAAGAGGUCACGUGGCACUCUAUGCGGGUCAACAUGCUAUCCGAAGCCGUCAAAGCUCAGGUGGACGACAAGAUCGUGGGCUUGCAAGCCAGCUGCAUGGAAAGAUCCCAAGCAGCUCGUGCUCAAAUAUGCCAGAAGUCGCAAGGAGCUCUCAGUCGCAAUGGUGAAGGACAUGGCGUCAAAGCUCCGCGAAGAAUGGGUUUCGGACUUCAAGAAACUUUGAUCGAAGAAGAGGACGAAGAGGUCCAGGAGCCCAUGGUCCGGGAGUUCAUCGUGAAGGCAUUCUUGCCAGCUAGUCUACCCACCAGCUCUGUGCAGCGUGUGGGCACAGGCGAUCUCUGCUACGGGCAUGGAUCCCCUGACGGCCACUUGCAAACGAUCACGCCUGCUGCUGAGCGCGAACGCCCAGUGGGCCAGGUGGUUGCCUGGAAGUUUCAUAAGCAAAGGAUCACGGCUGAAAAACCCAACUCUGCUGGCUACCAACUGAAGCGCCCGGCACUGCCGCCGCUCUUGGCCACUGAGAAGGAGCCUGGUCAAGCUGUGCAGGCAGCUCUGAACGUGGUUCACCCGUUCACCAUGGACCUGGAGCUUCCCCCAGAUCUUCCAGAAGUUCUUAAUUUGGUUUCCUCUCAGCCGCAUUUUGUGCUGGGGCAGCGUGCAGGAGCUCUUCGUUCUUGGGAAGCUCCUGCGCACGAGUUGUUGCCCACAACAGAUGCGUGGCUCCGCCAAGUCGAAGAUCCUCACCUUCGUCGCCUUGUUCGAGGGCAACCGGACGGCGAGCCGUUGGCGCUCGGCCAGGUCACUCAUCAUGUGGCGCUCUGGCGCAAGAGAUGCUGGCUGCUGCUCGCUGCAUUGAUACGCAGCUGCCGGCCGCGCUGCCCCACGGAUUUCCGAGUUGUCCGACCGGGCCUGGGAAUUUUCGACAAGGUGGUUCGCAACGUCAAGAAAUGCGAGGUCACGGAGAACACUGAGAAGAUUUGGGCAGCCACUAUGGAAGAUGUCAAGGAAGGGGUCACAGUGGGCCCGAUGUUCUCCAGGGAUGAUGUCAGUGAACUUUUGGGCAGUGAUCAGUGGAUCCAUACACAGAGAUUCGAAGUGGCCCAAAGGAACAAAGUUCGUGGUGUCGAUAGCGCCACGGCCAAUGGCGUGAACAUGGCCACUACGAUCACGGAGAAGAUCGAACUCCCAUCUACAGAUGCCAACGUCGCCGCUCUUCGUUGGUUGCGAUCUCAUAUCAGCAAGGACGAGAAGAUCGAAGGGUGGGUCUUGGACGAAACGAAGGCUUACCGUCAGGUCGGUGUCAGGUCGUACAGAAAGUCCACACGUGGUUGGGGUUGUGGUGUCACGUACGACCUCAACGAUAUGCUGCUGAAGAUCAAGCCAUCGCCGAAAGUGGAGCUGGAAGAAGAGAUCUCUUCCAUCCUGGAGCGUCAAGUUUUCCCACCAGGUCAGGCGGGGAAGCUUCGCGGCAAGCUCAUGUUCGGCGCGUCGAAGUCGCAGAUCGCGAUGGUAGAACUCUUUGCCACGGUGGUCGCUCUGCACACAUUUCGUGAGAGGCUAGUGGGAUCCUGGUCUUUGUUGCUCGUAGAUUCUGAGGGAGCCCUAAAAGGAUACUCAGCUCGAGAAGAUUUGUGCGAGCUGGUAG